CUCUUUAACUUAUGAAUCAAAAAUUUCUAUUUUAUAAAUUAAAUUUUCAAAUAAUUAUUAAAAUGUAAACAAUGUAUAUGGAAUGUGUUAUACAAAAUAUGACAUUAGACAAUAAUUCCAAUAAUAGUUCUCAUAUAAUAUCGGAACCAACUUAUUCAUGUCUGAAUGAUCAUUAUGAAUCAACAACUGAUGAAUCUUCAAGAGAUUCUUUUUUGGCCAAAAAUGAUUUUAAUACAGAAAAUGAUAAUGAUUCUAUAAUUAAAUCACAAGAAUUAUUAAACUGCCAUACAGUUGAGAGUACUCCAAAUAAUAUAAAACCAAUUCAUACAAAAGUUUCGAAUAUUAUAUCUAAUUCAAAUUCCUGUGUAAAUUUACAACCAUUUCUUCAUCAAGUUGGUGGUCAUUUAUGUAUGCUCAAAUUUGAUAGUGAAACUAUUUGUAAACCAUUGCAAGGAAAAGAAAGGGAUUUUUAUAAAUAUCUAGUCCCUCCUAUUUUAAAACAUUUUGUUGCAAAAUAUUACGGUCUAGUUGAAGUUUCCUUAGAAAUAGAUAAAGAAGGAUAUAUAAAUUUGGUAGCUCCUAAGAUUCACUAUUUAAAACCUUUUACCUCAAACAACAUAAAUAAUGAAGAUAACAUUGAACAAAAUAUAGCAGUUAAAAGGCAUAAAAAUGGAAUUAAAAAUUUUGAUCGCUGGUCUUCAAUUAAAGUAAAAAUGAGAUGUUCAGGAAGUAUGGAAGUAUUGGAUCCCCUUGAAUUGAACUUAUUUGAGAAGGCAGAUUUAACAAAUCCAUCAAAAAAUAAUGAUAACAUUUCUUCCAAUAAAAGGAAACCCUAUUCUUUUAAUCCAUGGAGCUUAAAACGGCAUAAAGAGCAAAUUUUAUCUAUGCAAAAAGAGAAUCAAAUCACAUACAAAUUUAUUAGGCUACAAGAUUUAACCUGCCAAUAUUCUUACCCAUGUGUGUUAGAUUUAAAAAUGGGGACUCGUCAAUAUGGAGACGAUGCUUCUGAACAGAAAAAAAUUUCGCAAAUAGCCAAAUGCGAAUCCAGUACCUCAUCUAGUCUAGGUGUUCGAAUAUGUGGCAUGCAGGUUUACCAACCCCAAACCGAAACCUUCUUUUGCUACGACAAAUAUAUAGGCCGUAAAUUGAGCGUCGAAGGGUUCGAAGAAUCCUUGAAGUUAUUCUUUCAAACCGCUCUCACUAUUCGCGAUAACACAUUCACAAACCCGGACAAAAACAAUAACAAUCUCAUUCCACUAGGUAUUAACGAUCAUCAGCACACAAUAGACAUUUUGGGCAGCGUGCUGCGGCAAUUAAUUUUGCUCAGGGACGCUAUAGCGUCUCUGAAUUCUUACCGAUUUUACUCUAGUUCAUUGCUCAUUCUUUACGAAGGAGACCCUUGUUUAACCAACGGCAAAUUUCACUCUCAAGCCGACAUGAAUAAUAAUUUCACCUUAAACGGAAAUUCGAACCAUAUAGAGCACCACCCUUCAACCAAAUACGCCAGGAUUAACAUGGUAGAUUUUGCUCAUUCUUCUUCUUGUCACAAGGAUGGUCGCGACAAAGGUUACUUGUUUGGCCUCGAUAAUUUGAUCAAAAUAAUAAAAAGGAUUCAAUAAUCCCCCCAUUUAAAUGCAAAUUUUUUUUCUCUCUAUAGCAUUUCCCCCGCUAAAUGUGAUUAGAAUAAUCCAGACAAACAAAAAAAUCAUACUAUUAGAUGAAUUGUUAAAAUUCCCCGUUCUUACCUUUAUGUUAAUAUUUUUAAAUAAAAAUUUCCGGCAUUAUUUAUUUAUAAUUAGUUUAAAAUAAUAAAUCUUUGUUUUCUUUUAUUCAUUAUCAUUAAACUUCUCUUUUUUGUAAACAUUUAUUUAUAAUUUAAACAUUUCAUUUUAAUUUUAUGUUAUGAAUAGCAAAAAAAGGUAACAUAAUUUGAUUUGAAUGUUUGUGCCUUCAUUCCUUCCUUUUUUUUAGUGAAAGGGGAUGGAUGAAAUGCUUGAAGGUAGAAUAUAAAAAUAACAAAAUUUAUUUAUAAAAUCAUAAUAAAAUAAAUUACGUGUAAUAUAAUAAUAUAUUAAUUUUUUUUUUAUUAGAAUGUUUUGUCCAAUAUUUUUAAUUAAUAAUAUUCAAUUUUAAUUUUGUAAAGAAAUUUAUAAUGUUUUUAAUAGAAUUAUUGUUAAAAAAAUUUACCCCCCCCCCUCUAACACCCUUUAUUUAAAUUUUAUUUUGCAAAAACCAAUCCAUUUUUAGAAUAAAUUGUAUUUUAUUAUUUUUUCAGAAUGCUCUUAUAUUUUGAUCCUCUUGAAUUUUUUGAAAUAUAAAAAAAUUUGGAAUUUUAUUUUUUGUUUUAUAAAGUUAAUUUCAAUUGUUGGCAUUACUUACCUAUCUCUUAUUUUAAGACAAUAACAUUUCACACUCUUGACCAAAUUAUGCAUUCAUAAAUGUAAUGAUAUAAUAUUAUACUUUAUAAAUAUAAAAU